AGUUGCAGUUUGAUCAGUAGACGGCAUUACCUGUUUUCACCGAAAAUACCUUUCAAUAAUAGCUUAACAAAAAUUCAAAUUAAUUUUUUUUUAAUUUUCAAUCAGUAAGGGUCUGAAAGGCGAAUAAUUGUUGUAGAGGUAACUCCAUCAUUAAAAAGUAAUUAAUAACAAAAAUUUUAAAAACCACUUGCCAGUUUGAAUGUAUUUUCCUAAUACAUAGAAUAGGACCAUAAUAGUCAUUUCAUAUCAUGCCCACAACAAAAAUCUUCCAAAAUGUAGUCGUUUCCAGUAUAUUUUAAUUUUUGUUUCAACAAACGGAAAUAAUUUAUGAAACUAAAAACAUUUCGUAAACUGAAAUAAUAUCACGAUUGUAACUUCAAAUUGUUCUCAAAAUACUGUGACGAUGAUGAUGAUGAUGUGAAUCAAGUAGUGCCAACAAGCUUCAAAACAAUGUCUAUGUAGGUAUAGCAAAUUUCCAUGCAAGAAUAUUAAACUAGUGAUCAACCUAGUGAUAUACUAAACUAAACAAACCAAUAUUCUUACGUUCCGGUAUCUUUCCACAUGUUACCUCCUUCCACCAGGUGAUGUUUGUUUUGUACUGAAACCAUCUCUCCAGUUUAAAGACCACACCAAGAUAAGCAGAUUUAUCUGUUUUCUUGCUUCACACCUCGGUGAACAGCCUCGCCCUGGAUUGGAAUCAUCUCGAACUCAGUGUUAUACCGUCGAGCUGGAAGACUUUCCCCCCGAGUCGGUGAGUGUGUCUGACUCUGUGUAGAAGUUCGGUAGCGGAUAUCCAUUACGGAAGCGCAUUCAAAUUUAGAAAGGCAAACAAGCACAUCUCGGUCGAUAUGUGGUAUUUGCUAGGGCUGUUACUGUGGACUUUGGUUUCGGUCUGCCAAACUCAUGUCCUUGUAGCUCCUUAUCAGGUUUCUAUUCAAUGCAGUGCUCCGGCGAUAGUUGGUAGCUAUCUAGCAAACGAUGGGAUUGGACCAUCGGAGCAUAUCUGCAAUGGGGUGAUUAUUAGAGAAAAGUAUAUUCUAACUACUGCCGGAUGCCUUUUCGUUCGGGAUAAACUGACUAAUUUGAGGCGCCUCAUCAAUGCAGCCGAGAUUUUUAUUCUGGCCGGGGAUCUUAAUCUCAGUCAAGUGUCGACUGGGAAUAACAGCGGAAUCAGGCGAAACGUAGUGUCCGUAAUUCCCCACAACAGAUACAACUCAUCAACCGGCGAAAAUGACAUCGCCCUACUCAAGCUUGACCGGUCGCUACCGCUAUACAAUACGACCUCGGUCCAGUGGAUCGAGCUGCAGCAGAGUGCACUGCCACCCACAAUAAUGCCAAUGGCAGCUCAUCAGACAACGGCGGCGACGGCGAUAGCAGCCAGCAACAAAGUUAAUGAAAACUGUUUCAUAAACAUUUAUAACAACUCCGUCGGGGUUUCAAAUUAUCCUUAUGCAACGGUUGCCAACGUGAGCAUGAUUGAGAAAUGGAUUUGCGAUUCCCAUUGGAAGUCCCCGAGUGGGACACAGUCGAUGGUAGGACGGGCAGGGACUUGUGUUGAGUACAGAUUCAGCAAUUCAAAAUCAUGUUGGCUCGAUUCGCAGGACCUUCGCUACAGUGGAGAACGGGGCACCGCAUUGGUAUGCAAUUUCAAAUUAGUGGCCAUAUUGGCAGAAAUAAAUCCACCCGUAAAUCCACAAAGCUGCACUCAGAUGAAACGCACCACCGCAUUCUACACUCCAGUGGCGCCCUAUCGGGAUUGGAUAGUAGGUGAAAUCGGAAGUCUCUACACGACCAGUACCAGUGCUACCGGAGCAAAUAAAACAGUCACUGGGGGUGGUGGAAAUGUUGCUAGCAGCGGCGGAACCCAACAGCCAAACGCAAAUGGGCCUCCAUCUAACUCCUGGAGUAACCAACAGGCUACCACUGCUGCCGCAAAUCCAGGAAAAUCAAACUCUGUCGCAGUAUCAAUCGGCCCCGGAAUCGCAUCAAACCUAAUUCUUCUCAAUUUAUUCAUUACUUUUACCUUCAUUUAUCGAUUCUGAUGCUGAGAGGCCGGAAGAAUGGAUACCAUUCCAACCAUCAACAUCAUUCGAGAGCCGUGGCCCGGAACCACAUCAUACGCCAGUUUUCCAUGGAUGGGCCUAACCACCCAAACCUGCCAGCCAGGGACGCCCUUCUGCCGACACAUCAAAUAAAUUGUUCCCGGCGGAUGUAUGUCUGUGAAAAUGAAUAAACUUUUUGAACUCCUGAUGGUCAAACAAAUGGAGCAAAAAAAAACUUCGAACCAUCACCACUACCACCACCA